AUCUUCUCACUACAGAAACCAAGCCAAGCAAAAACGCGGAAAAAAUCAUUUAUUUUGCACAAAAGAGUAGGCUUUGCUACGUAUUUGCUAAUUGAACCGGAAUACAAACAUCAGAUCAAGCCGUUUCACAGAAACAAUGGGCAGAACACGCGAAACGCAGAAAACAACCGACGCGGAAUCCGAUAGUAGUUCCGGCGAGGAGGAGUAUGUGGUAGAGAAAAUCGUGGACCGUCGCGAGAAGAAGGGCAAGGUGGAGUAUCUGCUGAAAUGGAAAGGCUACUCUUCUGACGCCAACACUUGGGAACCGCGCGAAAAUCUCGAUUGCCCCGAGCUCAUCAAAGCAUUCGAGCAAUCCCGCGAAGCCGGCGGCAAGAAGGAUAGCGGAAAGGAAAAGGCUAAGCCGCGUCGCUCCAGUACGGCCGGCCGCAAGAAAAAGUCAGCCGGCGAUUCGGACGCGGACAACGGUGCUGCCUCAGACGAUGAUGACCGCGAGGACACCGGUUCGACAAAAUCUUCCGGCAAAGGAAAAACUACACUGGACGCGGAAGAAGUGAGCGGCUUUGACAAGGGCUACAUUCCGGAGAAAAUUCUCGGUGCCACCGAGGCAAACGGCAAGCUUCUAUUCCUGGUACAGUGGAAGGACAAGGAUAAGGCACAACUGGUGAAGUCGGAGGAAGCGCGCAAACACUGUCCACAGCUAGUGAUCGAUUUCUAUGAGGAUCGUCUUAUCUGGCAGCCCUUGAACGAAUCAGCGGCCAAUAAGCAGGACUAGAAGCACUUACUGUGCCUGUCAUAUUUGUAACAGCAUCUUUAAAUGACCUACUAUUUUUCUCAUAAUAAAACUGUGUUAGUAUUACCAUGAAAUCUGCAGCUGAGCUUAUCCGUUUUACUCUGCAGAUCAAUCUUUAUUUCUCCUGCCGUAAC